UUCUAGCUUUAUUUCCAGGUUUUGUUUCACAGCAGAGCUCUUGUGCUAGAGCCCUGUAGCAUUCUUUUUUUAAUUUUUCUGUGAAAGCAAUACUGGAAUGAGUUAACGAAAAUAUUCACAUGAGAGCAUGGUUUUUUAUGAAGUCCUUCCCCCUGCCAACGGUUAAACCUCAGAAAUUGUGUUCAUUUCCUGAUUUACUUCUACUCAACCUAUGACACCCUGGCAUGCUGUUUUUUGCUUACUUUUCAGUGCACAUGGUUCCCUGCACAUCAUCUGUGAACUUACCUCACCAUGGUCUGGAAUACAACUCAGCUUGAUAAUGAGACCCUGGAGAUGUUCAGGAACACAGUGGUCAGAAAUACCCUCUCUAUUGUCUACUGCAUCGUUAUUUUGAUCAGCCUUCCAGGCAAUGGCCUUUCUCUCUGGCUCCUGCUCUUCCGCACGCAUUCCAAGACUCCCACCAUCAUUUACAUGAUCAACCUCACUAUCACUGACCUGGCCAUAUGCUUGUUCCUGCCUUUCCACAUCAACUACCAUCUCAAUGGGUACAACUGGGUCUUUGGUGAUGAGCUCUGCAGAGUUGUAACCAUCAUGUUCUACUCCAACAUGUACUGCUCCAUUUUGACAAUGACUGCCAUUAGCGUAGACCGCUGGAUUGGAGUGCUGCGUCCAAUAUGGUACAAAAAGGUCAUGAAAAAAAAGUAUGCGGCGAUGGUGUGUCUGGGAAUGUGGGCAACCAUUUUGAUGGUUAUGUAUCCAUUGGAGAGCACUGACUUAACCUAUAAAGUGCAGGAGCUGAACAUAACCACUUGCUUUGAUGUCCUCAAAAAAUCAAUGCUCCCUUCUCUAGGACACUGGGCGGUCUUCCUGUUUACUUUGUUUGUUCUUCUUUUCUUGAUUCCUUUCAUUGUUACGGUGUGCUGCUACACUGGGAUCAUCUUCAAGCUCAUGAAAAACAACAAAGGCACCGAGUUCCAUAAAAAGAGAAGGGCGGUGCUUCUUACUAUCACAGUGCUAUUCGUUUUCACCACAUGCUUUGCUCCCAAUAAUGUCAUUUUGUUCGCCCACAUGGUUCAAAGACUUUUCUUUGACAAGUCACUGUACACAGCCUACAAAUUGACUCUGUCCCUUAGCUGCCUGAACAGCUGCCUGGAUCCCUUCAUCUAUUAUUUUGCUUCCAAAGAAUUUAGGAGAAAGGUGAGGAAAGUUCUGGGAUAUAGCAACAACAGCAGUGACGUUCCUAAAGUUUUCUACAGAAAAGAGAGCAUACUUUCAGCCCGAACACUCAUGAGUACAUGAGGAUGCUGAGAGGAAUGUUUUCUAGAAGAAACUGUUAGCAUUUUGGACAAAUUCAAUAUGCCGCAUUAAAUUACAAUAAGCAGCCUUUGAAGUAAUUAGGCAAAAACUUUUGAUAUGUUGCUGUACAGAUUAAUGCUCAAUUAUCUGAUUAUCUAGAUUUUUAUUCCAUCCGUUUCAUUCCAUUCAUUCACUGCUGGCUUUUCUUACUCUUGCAUUCCUCCCCAGUCAACAGCACGUCUGGCUGAUAAGACCAAUCGAGAGUCAAUGUGUGAGAAAGAAGUGUGUGGAAAUUGCUGUAUUAUUAGAAAAAGAAAAGGUUCCACGUUGGUGAUCGUGAACUUCCAUAAAAAGGGCUUUUUCGGAUAGCAUUUACCGAACUGCAAUAACACAGUAGCAAUAAAAAAUAUAGAUCAUUCAUUUUGUAACUGAAGCACCCACAUGUAGGAAAAAUUUCAUUGGUUAGGGACAAGCUUACACUUACCUUGUAUUCUGUAGCAAAAUAUUUAUUCGUAAUGUUUGCCAAAUUUAGGAAGAUAGAAAGGUUUUGGUAUCUGAGUUUAAAGGGGUUUGUGUUGGUACUUGUCUCCUUAACUAACCUGAGAUCAGAAGCUCCAGUAACGGAUUAAGCAAGUAAUCUUUUUGGGGGAAAUGUCUUCUUCGCCGGCCUUUGCUCCACUAUUCACAGCCGAUGAUUCAUUUUUCGACUGUCUGCCUACAUCAAAAAGAGACAAUAUUUUAUGUUACAGAAUGUUUCAUGCAAGAAUAUGGAAAUCUUGAAAUUAGCUUGUUUCAUUGUCAUGUCCUUUUUGUGGCUAACUGGUAAAAUAACACGUUAUUUCUCCACUUGAUCUCCACACUGGACUUAAGGGAGUGUUUAAAUAUUGUUUUGAGUACUGGAAACUGUUUUAAAUGAUGGCAUAUAACACAUAACUAUGUAAAGAUUGUUAAGGUAAUGGAAUAACUUCAUAUUUCAGUGAAAUAUUUCAGCAGAAUGUAAAGAUGGUGUUACAAUGUGAAUUACCAUAUCAAAGUUCCAUAGAUUAGGUUACAGAGUUUUUCACCAUCAAAUAUUUUAAAAAAAUAAAAUCCGCCUCAGAUCUUUUGUGAGAAAACGUAAAUUCUGUGAGUAUUCUUACUUAAAUAAAUACUGUAUUUAAAUUGCACAUUGGGGAUUCUGAAGCCUACAUUAAACUGAUUGUAUAUUUUGCAAAAUUGCUUUAUAGAUAUAAAAACUCUGGUAGCUAAUAAUUUUUCUACAUAUUAAAUGUAUAUUUAAUAAUCUAGUAUAAAAUAAUACCCUAAAUGUUAUGUUCUGAACAAAACUGAACAAAACUGUUAGAAAACAAAUUUCUGUCAUCGUCUCAGAUUUGUAACACUUUCACUCUAGUGGCAUUAAAAGCUCAUGCAUCAAUCUGGCUUUAAGAAAAAAAUGCUCCUUCACCAGAACCACAUAGCUCCUGUACUUGUCAGUGCAAUGUCACUUGAAUGUAUGAAUAUUUAAUGUUUCACAACAGAUACCUGACCUAAAAUGGUUUAAAAUCCGAUACCAGUCAUCAGUCACAUUGGUAUCUGUUCUAUAACUGAAUUUAAAAUCAUAUUGCACAUUUGAACCUUUUUUCUUUAGCUGACUGUUUUCUCUCCAAUGGAAAAUAAAAACAAAUGUUUUAUAUCCAGUAUGUAUGUUUAUAUAUAUACAGUAUGUAUGUUUUUGCACAUGUAGCUCAAAGAAAAUGUCUGUAUCACCAUAAGCAUAUCAGGUUAUGUUGUUUUAUUUGUAAACAAUUUGUAAACAAUUCUACUGUCAUAGAAUAUCAUUGUUCAAUGCAUUUAUUUUAAGCUUAGCAUGGCUCAAAAUUAAUAAUAAAGCUUUGCUCAUUGUGCUCUACAGUAUUUUAACCUGUAGCAUUAAAUGCUUAAUUCAGGGAAUCAAUUUUGUUAAUUUUGUUUUUUAAAUUAAGCAAUGAUAUAUUUUAUAUAAAUACAACUUGAUGAAUUGUAUAUCUUAUAAAAAGGUGUGCUCAGGCAUUAUCACUUAGAUAGUUUGCAGCUUUACAGACUGAUCCAAAAUGCUGUGAGAUGACAGUUUGAUUUCUGCUGCUUCUCCACUUUUACAGCAAAACAGGAUGUAAAAAGUGUUCUUACUUACUGUAUGCCGGGCCCUUACUCAGUUCCUUUGAAUAAACCUUCAAACCAA